ACACUGGCCGACAUUAGAAAAGUAGAGAAAGCCUCUUUUCGCACUUUCUGCAGCGUGGAUAGCGUGGUGCGUACGCGCUCGGCUUUUGUGGUUCGCCGUUUAGAGAUCUGAGCCAUGGCAAUCCCUGAUCAAGUGGUAAUGCGGAAGAUCAAGAAGCGCCAGAAGAACAGAAAGAAGUUACGCGCUGUGAAGGAGCUGGACAGUGAAAGUCGACAUGCAAAAAAAAUGAAGCUCGAAAAGGAGGAAGAAGAAGAAACGAAAAUGGUCGAGGAAGAGCCAGAGGACCAGCCUCAAGAAGAAAAGUGUGUUGAACACGAAGAAAAAGAUGGAGAGGCACAUGCUGACAAGGCUGAAGAGGCCGAACCAGAGCCAGAACCUCUACCAGGCACAAGCUUUGGAGUGUUGUCGGACACACAGUUCAGCUCCUUGCGCGGGAAAGUGUCUGACGCCACACUGAAGGCCAUUGAGGGUAUGGGCUUCAAGAGGAUGACUGAGAUCCAGGCCAAGACCAUUCCACAUUUGCUGGAGGGAAAGGACGUGGUGGCUGCUGCUAAAACAGGCAGCGGCAAAACGCUGGCGUUUCUGAUCCCCGCCGUGGAACUGCUGUACAAGCUGAAGUUCAUGCCUCGCAAUGGCACGGGGGCCCUGGUGAUUGCACCGACACGUGAGUUGGCCAUGCAGACGUUUGGUGUGCUCCAGGAGCUCCUCUCCGGUCAGAACCAGACGCUGGGCCUCAUCAUGGGAGGCACCAACCGGCAGUCCGAAGCCAGCAAGUUGGCCAAGGGCGUCAACUUUCUCGUUGCUACCCCUGGACGCUUGCUUGACCACUUGCAGAAUUCCUCCGAAUUUGUGUACAAAAAUCUACAGUGCCUCAUAAUUGACGAGGCUGACCGUAUACUCGACAUUGGUUUCGAAGAGGAGGUGAAGCAGAUCCUCAGAAUUUUGCCAAAGCGAAGACAGACGAUGCUCUUCAGCGCUACACUGACAAAGAAGACCGAGGACCUUGUUAAGGUUGCCCUCAAGAGUGAGCCCCUUUACAUUGGCUUGGAUGAGAACAAAGAGCAGGCUACGGUGGAAGGCCUUGAACAGGGCUAUGUGGUGUGCCCUUCAGACAAGCGGUUCUUGCUGCUCUUCACCUUCCUGAAGAAGAACAGGAAAAAGAAGGUGAUGGUAUUCUUCAGCUCGUGCCUCUCCGUGAAGUACCACCACGAAUUGCUGAAUUAUAUCGACUUGCCUGUCAUGAGCAUUCAUGGAAAGCAGAAGCAAGCCAAGCGGACGACGACAUUUUUCCAAUUCUGUAAUGCGGAGUCCGGAAUCCUGCUUUGCACAGACGUAGCUGCGAGAGGCCUUGACAUUCCCGAGGUUGACUGGAUCGUGCAGUAUGACCCACCUGAUGACCCCAAGGAGUACAUUCACCGGGUGGGUCGUACGGCGAGAGGCGAGGGUGGGCGUGGCCACGCGCUCCUUAUCUUACGACCUGAAGAGGUCGGUUUCCUGCGCUACCUCAAGGUGGCUAAGGUGCCUCUGCAGGAGUUUGAGUUCUCGUGGGCAAAGAUUGCCAACAUUCAGCCCCAGUUAGAGAAGCUCAUUUCAAAGAACUACUACCUGCACAUGUCAGCCAAGGAGGCGUACAAGGCGUACGUGCGAGCCUAUGACUCGCAUCACCUGAAAUCUAUUUUUGACGUCAACACGCUGGACCUCAUACAAGUGGCCAAGUCAUUUGGCUUCCUGGUGCCUCCAAACGUUGACCUGAAUGUCGGCAGCAACAAGGCACGGCCCAGGAAGAAGGGCCGAGCUGCCAACUACGGCUAUGAAGGAGCGCCACCCAAGAAGCGCGAGAAGUCCGUCAUCUACAAGCCUAUUCCUGUUGGAACAGACAACAGGAAGAGGCAGUUCUCCCGGUAACCACCAGCACUCGAUUGUUGUACAGCUCACCCAUUAAAGUCAGUGCUACU